AUGAGGCCUAUUCUGCUCUCGGGCCAUGAACGGUCCCUCAACCAGAUCAAAUUCAACCGCGAUGGCGAUCUCCUGUUCUCCGUGGCGAAGGAUAAGAUCGUAUGUGCUUGGUGGUCGGCCAACGGCGAGCGACUUGGUACCUACAGUGGCCACCAGGGUGCCAUCUGGACGGUCGAUGUCAGCCCCAACACAGUUCUCCUGGCGACCGGCUCGGCAGACAACACUGUGCGAUUGUGGAACGUAAAGACUGGCGAGUGCGUGAAGGUCUGGGAUUUCCCUACCGCUGUGAAGCGGGUCGAAUUCAAUCCCGAUGGAAGCAGGCUGCUGGCUGUGACGGAAAAGCGUAUGGGAUUCCUCGGUACGAUCGCUGUGCUCGACAUCAGUUAUGGAGAUAGUCAGGGUGGUGCUCUAGAGAACCAGGCCGAUGAGCCUAGCUUGAGAAUCACCUGCACAGAGAGCAAGGCCACCGUGGCUGGCUGGAGUUAUCUGGGCAAGUACAUCAUUGCUGGACACGAAGACGGCAGUGUCAGCCAAUACGAUGGAAAGACUGGUGAGCAGCUGGAGAACGUCCAGGCGCACGAGUUCGAUCACCAGAUCAACGACAUCCAGUUCUCUCAGGACCGUACUUACUUCAUCACUGCCUCCAAAGACAAGUCCGCCAAGCUCAUCUCCUCUCGUAACCUCGCCAUCCUCAAAACAUACGUUGCCGAUACUCCCCUGAACAGCGCCACCAUCACUCCCAAGAAGGACUACGUGAUCCUGGGUGGUGGCCAGGCCGCCAUGGAUGUCACAACAACCUCCGCCCGACAGGGUAAAUUCGAGGCCCGUUUCUACCACAAGGUCUUCGAGGACGAGAUUGGCCGUGUCAGAGGCCACUUCGGUCCCCUCAACACUGUUGACGUCCACCCCAACGGCACAGCAUAUGCCUCCGGUGGUGAGGACGGUUACGUUCGUGUGCACCACUUUGACAAGCCCUACUUUGAUUUCAUGUACGAGGUCGAGAGAGAGCAGCUGAGGAAGUGA